AUGGCACUAAAACCUUAUUUAAACGCAGUUAGGCACACUCUAAAUGCAGCAUUAUGUGUUCAGAAUUUUUCUUCGCAAGUUGUUGAACGUCACAACAAACCUGAAAUAGAAGUUCGAACCUCCAAGGAACUACUACUAAACCCCGUAAUUAUUAGUCGGAAUGAAAAAGAGCGGGUGUUGAUUGAAGGGUCAAUUAAUUCAGUUCGUGUCAGCAUUGCUAUCAAACAGUCUGACGAAAUCGAAAAGCUGCUUUGUCGAAAAUUCACUCGGUUUAUGAUGACUCGUGCAGAAGACUUUGUUAUACUUAGGCGUAAACCUGUCCCUGGCUAUGACAUCAGUUUUCUUAUCACUAAUUUUCACACGGAACAGAUGUCAAAGGCAAAAUUGGUUGAUUUCGUAAUUACUUUUAUGGAUGAGAUUGAUAAAGAAAUUUCCGAAAUGCGCCUAGCAGUGAAUUCGCGGGCUCGUCAAUGUGCUGAAGAAUUUUUAAAGGCGUUUGAUUAACAGAUACUUGAACUCAAUACUCUAAAUCUUACAAAACUUAUUUAUAUUUGUCGAAUAUUAUGGAAACAUUAUUGAAACGUGUAUAAUUUCGUUUCUGAAGAAACCCAUACUGGUUUCUUCACAACACUUAUGUACAAAUAAGCUGUUUGUGAAUAACAAUACUUUUUUUUUCAAAAGGAUCAUUGUAAUAAAUUAAAUAAUGUCAUUUAGAAUUGGUGUGAUUUUAUUGUUUAC